AUGGGUGUCUAUCACAUCCGCAUCUCCACUGGGGAGUCAUUGUACGCGGGCUCCAACAACAAGGUGUACCUGUGGUUGGUGGGAGAGCAUGGGGAGGCAUCUCUCGGGAUGCUGCUGCGACCCAGCCGGAACUCGGAGGAAGAGUUCCAGGUUGAUGUGUCAGAGUACCUUGGGUCAUUGCUGUUCGUGAAAGUGCAAAAAUGGCAUUACCUUCAGGACGACGCUUGGUUCUGCAACUGGAUCUCUGUGAAGGGCCCUGGAGACCAAGGAGCAGAGUACAGGUUCCCCUACUACCGAUGGGUGCAGGGCACCAAGAUCCUGAGCCUCCCUGAGGGAACUGGCCGCACUGUGGUCGAGGACACUCGAGGCCUGUUCAAGAAACAUAGGGAACAGGAGCUGACUGAGAGGAGGAGUCUGUACAGAUGGGGCAACUGGAGGAAUGGCUCAAUCCUGAACGUGGCAGCAAACAGUUUAUCUGACCUCCCCAUAGACCAGAGAUUUCGAGAGGACAAAAGAAUUGAAUUUGAAGCUUCUAUGGCUUUGGGGAAAAUGGAUGUUGUUCUCAACUUUGCUGGAAAUCUCGUCACCUGCUGGAAAACUCUAGAUGACUUCAAAUGGGUUUUCAAGAGCGGCUACACCAAGCUGGCUGAGCGGGUUCGAGACUCCUGGAAGGAGGAUGCUUUCUUUGGGUACCAGUUUCUCAAUGGUGCUAACCCUAUGCUGCUGAGACGGUCUACUGGGCUUCCUUCCCGUCUGGUGUUCCCUCCUGGGAUGGAGAAGCUACAGGCCCAGCUGGACGAAGAGCUCAAGAAAGGCACUCUCUUUGAAGCCGACUUUUUUCUUCUGGACGGAAUCAAGGCCAAUGUCAAUCAAUACCUGGCUGCCCCUCUAGUCCUGCUGAGGCUGCAGCCUGACGGACAACUCUUGCCCAUGGCCAUCCAGCUUGAGCUGCCUAAAAGCGGGUCCACCCCACCGCCAAUUUUCAUGCCCACGGAUUCCACAGAGGACUGGCUCCUGGCCAAAUGUUGGGUCCGUAGCUCUGACUUACAGCUUCAUGAGAUUCAGGCUCAUCUCCUGAGGGGACACUUGCUGGCCGAGGUCUUUGCUGUGGCCACCAUGAGGUGCCUGCCUUCGGUGCACCCUGUGUUUAAGCUUCUAGUUCCUCACCUGCUUUACACCAUGGAAAUCAAUGUCCGGGCCAGGAGCGACCUGAUCGCAGAGAAUGCCUUUUUUGAUAAGGCCAUGAGCACGGGCGGAGGAGGACACCUGGAUCUUCUCAAGCAAGCUGGAGCCUUUCUCACCUACAGCUCACUGUGUCCCCCUGAUGACUUGGCUGAGCGGGGACUCCUGGGUGUAGAGUCUUGCUUCUACGCUAAAGAUGCUCUGCCACUCUGGGAGAUCACCCAUCGGUAUGUGGAGGGGAUGCUAGGUCUCCACUACAGGACCGACGCAGCUGUGCGGGAUGACCACGAGCUGCAGAGCUGGUGUCAAGAGAUCACUGAAGUUGGCCUGCAAGGUGCCCAGGACAGAGGGUUCCCCACCUCUCUACAGUCUCUGGCUCAGGCGUGCCAUUUUAUCACCAUGUGCAUCUUCACCUGCACUGCCCAGCACUCAUCCACCCACCUAGGCCAGCUGGAUUGGUUCUACUGGGUUCCUAAUGCACCCUGCACCAUGCAGCUGCCACCACCCACCACCAAGGGCGCAACUAUGAAGGAGUUGCUGGCUACGCUGCCCAGCCCUAACCAGGCUACACUCCAGAUAAAUGUCAUUUGGCUUCUGGGCAGACGCCAGGCUGUUAUGGUGCCCCUGGGCCAGCAUUCGGAGGAACACUUUUCAAAUCCGGAGGCCAAAGCUGUCCUGAAGAAGUUCAGAGAGGAGCUGGCUGCCCUGGAUAAGGAGAUUGAAAUUCGUAAUGAGCGUCUGGACAUACCCUAUGAGUACCUGCGGCCCAGCCUGGUGGAAAACAGCGUGGCCAUAUGA